AUGAAUCAUUCUGGGGCUGGAAAAGAUGAUUUAGCAGCGGUUGAAGUUACUAAGGAUAGGAAUGGAAUAGGCCUAGUGGUUCUCCGGAACCAUCGAGGAGCUUCAGCAAAGGUUAGUUUGCGAGGAGGGCAGGUUCUUUCAUGGAAAUGGGAACGUGGCGAGGAGCUUUUGUUCAGUAGUAGUAAGGCAAUCAUUAAUCCUCUCAAACCAUUACGAGGAGGAAUAGCAAUAUGUUUCCCUCAGUUUAGAAACCGUGGAUCAUUAGAGCAUCAUGGGUUUGCCAGGAACAAAAUGUGGGUAAUUGAUCAAGAUCCUCCACCGUUUCCCACUGAUUUCAGUGAAAAAGCCUAUAUUGACUUGCUGCUCAAACCAACAGAAGAUGAUCUGAAAAUAUGGCCACAUAGCUUCGAACUUCGGUUAAGGGUCUCUUUGGCAGGAAAUGGAUAUUUAACUAUGAUUUCUCGCGUCAGGAACGUGAAUAGCAAGCCCUUCAGAUUCUCCUUUGCGUAUAAUACGUAUUACUCUAUCUCUGAUAUCAGUGAAGUGAGGGUGGAAGGGUUAGAAACUCUUGAUUAUCUGGACAACCUAUACAACCAAGAGCGCUUCACAGAACAAGGAGAUGCUUUGACAUUUGAAUCAGAGGUGGAUCGAGUGUAUGUUGAUUCGGGUAGCAAUGGGGUAGCUGUUCUAGACCACGAAAAGAAGCGAACAAUUGUCAUAAGAAAGGAAGGACUCCCAGAUGUUGUUGUUUGGAAUCCAUGGGAGAAAAAAUCCAAGGCGAUAGUGGAUUUGGGGGAUGAAGAGUACAAGCAGAUGCUUUGCGUGGAUGGUGCAGCAAUUGAGAAACCAAUCACGUUGAAGCCAGGUGAAGAAUGGACAGGUCGCUUGGAGCUCUCUGUGGUCCCUUCCACUUGA